AUCCCAGUGGACGGCACGGCCUGACGCUCUUUUUUAUGUCUCGUCGUUUUCUGUGAAACAUGCAGAAGUCAUUCUGUGGGUUGCAUUUGACCCCUGUCAUCCCUCAUUUGCCUUGACAUCCUCAUCUCGCAGGCCAGUCAGUCUACUGUGCUGCUGCUGCUGCUGCUUCUUGUGCUGCUGCCGUGGUAUUAUUCUGCUGCCGUCAAAGUCUGUCUGUCUAUCUCUCGGCUGCCAGCCCUGCUUGCGCACACACUUACGCACACACUCACACGGACAGACAGACAGACAGACAGACAGACAGACAGAUCCCUGCCCCCUUGCGCGCAUCAUGAUCCACUGCCUCGCUGCGUGCAGGCUCAAGGGUGCAUUCAAUGAAACCAUAGCCAUUCCUCUUCUCCACUUGGCACCCGCGCCCGUCUGGGAAUCUGUGCUGGUUCCUGCGAGCCUCGGCUCCCUUCUCGAUCCAUACUAGCUGCCGCCGGCUGCAGCCCGGGCCUGUUGAUGAGCGGGAAGAGCACGCGGGAAAUCAUCGAGGAAACAUGUAUCCUCAGUAUCCUCAGCACAAUCCCAGACCACAUCUGCGGUUUCCCCAGCUCAGUUGGGCGUGAGAAAUGGGGCAAGAGUGACCAGACAGACAGACGAGGGUGAACAGAGCAGAGUCAUUGCCCAAGUAGACACGACCCGGGAUUCGAGCAAGACCAAUCAAUACCUGCUCCGUCUCUCUCCGAGUCACUUGUAGGCACUCACCCACUCACUCGCCCAAGCCCAUCCUGCGAGGCCGUUGCAGCUCGUCAACAGCAAAAGCACGUCUCCAGCCAGACCCAAACCAGACUAUCGUCACUCUGGCUGCCUGCCAAGCCGACAUCACAUCACACCAGUCACUCCUCCCUCCCCCCUCCAACCAGAAGAGGACCCGGACGAGGAGCUGGCCAUGUCCCUCAUACCCGCCGCCCUCGUGGGCAAGGCCGCAGCUGCCGUGGCAGGCCUCGCCUACCUCAACGCGCGCUUCUCCAUUGGUCAGGACCUCAGCUUCCUGCUCAGCCGUAGGGCGGCGUUUGCAGAGUUGGCCAAGACAGUGCCCAAGGGCCGCCUCUCCAUCUACUACUGCUUCGAGGACGCGGUCAGGGAGAAGGGCGACGCCGAGGCCAUCUGGUCCCACGGCGAGUGCCUCACCUACAACCAGGCCUACGCCCGCGUCAACCAGUACGCGCAGUGGUUCCUCGCCCAGGGCGUGCGCCCCGGCCAGUUCGCCGCCCUGCUCAUGGCCAACUCCCCCGACAUGGUGUGCGCCUGGCUCGGCCUGCUGGCCAUCGGCGCCGCCCCGGCCCUGGUCAACACCAACCUCGCCGCCAAGGCCCUCGUCCACUCCGUCAGCAUCGCGAAAGUCAAGCUCGUCCUGGCCGACGGCGACGCCGACCUCCUCGGGCGCCUGGACGCCGUGCGCGGCGACCUCGAGGCCGCCGGCCACCGCAUCUGCGUGCUCGGCGGCGGCGGCGGCGUGCGCGCGCAGGUCCUCGGCCUGGAGCCCGUGCGGCCCGGCGACGAGCUGCGCGAGGGCGUCACCACCGACACGCCGCUGGCCCUGGCGUACACGAGCGGCACGACGGGCCUGCCCAAGGCCAUCUCGUUCCCCAUGGUCGUCGCCUUCCUGUCGGCCACGGUCAAGCGGCGCGGGUUCGGCGAGGUCAGGGGCACCGACCAGAGGUGCUACAACUGCAUGCCCUACUACCACAUGACGGGCGGCCUCCACGCAAUCCUGCAGCUCCUGACCCGCGACACCCUCUGCAUAGCCCCCAAGUUCCACGCCCGCACCUUCUGGGACGACAUCCGCGCCUCGCGCGCGACCUUCUUCAUCUACGUGGGCGAGGCCCUGCGGUACCUCCUCGCCCAGCCGCCCUCGCCGCUCGACCGCGCCCACGCCGUCCACACCAUCAUCGGCAACGGCCUGCGCGGCGACGUGUGGGUCCCCUUCCGCGACCGCUUCGGCAUCGGCACCAUCCACGAGUUCUACAACUCGACCGAGCUCAUGUUCGGCCUCGACAACCCCAGCAGGGGCGACUUCACCGCCCGGUCCCUCGGCGUCCACGGCCUCGUCCUCCGCACCCUCUUCUCGCGCAUGCACGCCCCCGCCGCCGUCGACCCCGAGACGGGCGAGCUGCUGCGCGACCCCGUGACGGGCUUCGCGGCCCGCGUCCCCUGGUCGCAGGGCGGCGAGGUCCUCGUCCGCCUCGACCCCGGCAGCAAGCUCCCCGGCCGCACGUUCCGCGGCUACUGGGACAACGAGGGCGCCACGAGCGCCAAGAUCGCCCGCGACGUGUUUGUCAGGGGCGACGCCUACUUCCGCACCGGCGACGCCCUCCGCCGCGACGCCGACGGCCGCUGGUUCUUCUGCGACCGGCUCGGCGACACGUUCCGCUGGAAGGGCGAGAACGUCAGCACCGCCGAGGUGAGCGACGUCCUCGGCGCCUACGGGAGGGGCGUCGUCGAGGCCGUCGUCUAUGGCGUGCAGCUCCCCGGGCACGAGGGGCGGGCCGGCGCCGUGGCGCUGCUGGUCGACGAGUCGAGGCGCGGGGCCUUUGACUAUGCGGAUUUCCUGAGAUAUGCCCGCGCCAACCUCCCGAAAUACGCCGUCCCGGUCUUCAUCCGCCUCGUCUCGGAGCCGCUCAGCACGGGGAACCACAAGCAGAACAAGGUGCCGCUCAAGGCCGAGGGCGUCGACCCGGACAAGGUGUCGAGCGGCGACGCCAUCUACUGGGCCCGCGGCGACACAUAUGUCCCCUUCACACGCGCCGACUGGGAGGGCCUUUCCCAGGGCAGGGCCAGGCUGUGAGGAGGGAGCCCGCCCCCGUGCGUGGACAUUGGUUGGGUACGCCAUGCCAUCGACGGCCCACACCUCCACGGACCCCCGGGGACCGUCACCUCCUCCGUUGCGGUGGGAGAAUCGGUGGGCUGCGACACACACGCGAAAUAACCUUCUCGGCGGACAGGGGGGUUCCUUUCUGCUUCUGACACGCGAAAGGGAUGGUACCACUGAUUCCAUCUUUUCUGUCCAUCGGGGUGGCGGAGAAGAGAACCAAGCCGGGGAAUAAUCAGAUGUUAACACAUCAUAACGUGCCAUGGCCUCCGAGUCUUUGAUGACAGACUAGCAUAGCUCCGGCGUUUAAUUAGAUUUUGCUUCCACCUUG